GUUGAGGACGAGACGACCCGCGAGCUUUGGAACACCAGUUCUGUUUCUUGUGUUAUAAAAGACGGGGUAGUGGAGAAGAAACUUGUUUUCUCCACAAUGGAGGCAGAAAAAGAGAACAUGCAAUCAAGUUUCAAACCCCUGAGAAAGUUAACAUUACUCCGAAGGCAUAGGCCUGAGAAUGACAUGAGCAUUGAAGACUUUAUGAGAUGGGGGGAGAACCCAAGUCCUGGAUUCGAACAGCCCAUGUUAAAGCAAAAUAGAAGCAUUGAGAAAACUGUAAAAAGGAGGGAGUUACAACCUACAAAUGUGCAAGAGGUAAAUUCUGUACAAAAUGAGGAACAGAGAGAGACUGGGCAGGGAAUCUAUGGAAACUACCAGCCAAGAAUGCCAAUGAGUAAUUUGGCACGGCGCAGAUCAGUACAGGCAGACAUUCCCCAUGGGUCAAAAUCAGCGAGUGGUAGUGAUCCAUUACUGAUUGAUGGCAAGGAUGAACAAAGUUUUCGUAAUUCAUUCAGAAGGCAAAGAUUAGUACAAGCAGACAUCUCCCAUGAGGCAAAUUCAGUGAUAGGUGGCGAGCCAAUGCUGAAAGAUGGCAAGGAUGAACAAAACUUUCAUAAUCCAUUCAGAAGGCUUGGUCACAGAAGAAGGUCUAGCCUAUUAAGCACCCAUGAAGAUGCAGGUUUGGAAAACAGUGGUCUUGUACCAAGUACAGCAGCUUUGACCUGUUCUUUCCAACCAAAUUUAAGGAGGAGAUCCAAGCAAUUAAUGCAAAAUAUUGAGGAAUUAGCACAAAAGCAAGAGGAAUUUCCAUCUCUACAUGCAAAUAUAGAAACCAAAGAUUUUUAUAACAGGAGAAGGUCAGCAAGACUCAUGCAGUUGGAUAAUAUUUCAGAGAAAUGUGAGCCUUCAUCAUAUUUAGAUUUUGACAAAAAGCACACAGAAAGGGAAUUUAAAGAAAAGCCUGAGAUACUGGAAGAGAAAGAGAGUUUUAACAGACUUGCCAGUUCCCAGUUCAGCAAGAAUAUGAAAUUGAUUACAAGCAAUUCGAAAGUCACAAAACCUGUGCCAUCUCCAUCCUUUGGCUUCCAGCAAUACAGAAAGGCCAUCAAAGGGAACAUUUCUCUCUGGAGGAAAAAAAGAUGCUUUUGAGAAAGUGCGUCACUUGAUAGAAAAAGCACGGGAGCAGAGGAAAAUCGCUCUCCUUAAAUCCAACUCCAAAGCUACGCCAAGGAUGAGACUGACUCCUUUAAGGUUGAAUCAGGCUUCUGCUCAAAGG